AUGUCUUUGAUCAGAGGUACUCGGAUCCUGUCACGUCCGUUUCUUGGACUGCUUCCAGCCGCAAAGUCUGUGAACGUUGGAUUGUGGCAUCGCUGUAGUGUCGCUACAGUACCACCACCUAAUCGUCCACACCCCAACCCUGGGAAUUUUGCAAAUCGCCCACGCGAGGAGCUUUCAGAAAUAGGCCAUAAGGGUGGGAAAAAGGGUGGGAAAGCCACUGGCGUGGGUGGGUUCCAUGAUAUGGACCCAGAGAAACAGGUGAGAGUGCCGCAAAACCAGCUAGUAACAGGCCUUGUCAUUGAUGGUAUGAAUCAGGCUAUCGCCGCGAAAGGUGGUCGCGCUAGUUCACGAAGAAAGUCAAAGGCAAAGGCACCAGGCAACGGGGAAACUGAGUUAGAAGCCGAAAAACGCGGUCGGUCGCAUGAGCCCUCGGUGGUUCCACCUGGAUUUGAAGAAUGGAAGACAACGGCUUGA